CAUGAGCUGUCUGGGAGAAGGGGCUCCUUCCUUUGCCAAUCUCUAAACAGGGUGGCCGAGAGGGCGACCUUGCUUCGACUUGUUGGACUGGGUCGCAGCGCUGCGCGGUCUCCCACCAUUAUCUAUCUCCUCUCCCCAGUCCCCGCCCUUCCUCGGCUGUUUGCGUGCUUUUUUGCUAUCUGUUCUUGGGCGACGAGGAGGCCAUGCCUGGGUGGGAGCUGGAAGAGGAGGGGAGAAUAGUCCCCCACUACUAGCCCCCCCCCCCCCUGUUCACUUCAGGGGAAAGAGGUCGGCAGAAGGAGGAGGGGAAGAAGAAGAAGCUCAGUUUCUUGGGAGGGAGGUCUUGGAUGCAGAGAAGCGAAGCUCAAGCCAGGAAGGCGUCGCUCGCCGAGUCUGUACUAGCAGCAAUCUCCGAGCUCAUGUCUUCAGCAGCAGCCGUAGAAGUUGAGCAAGAGAAAUUCAUGGAUGUGGGCAGCCGGAUUCAUCAUGCGGACCCGGUCACAAUGGAUCUGCAGAGAUCGCAGAAUUCCCCGAUCAACACGACGCACAUUAUGGAGUAUCUAGCCGCGAAUGUCGGCCUUGCCAAGGACCUCGUCGCAAGAUGCAGCGCCUUCGCGCAGCAGCUCAUGGACGACGACCUCCUGAGCAUAACUGAAGACUUGAACAAUGUCAUAAAGAAUAUAAGCAAUGAGCUCGGCAGGUUACCGACAUCGUCAUUUGUGAGCAGCACGUUUGCAGAACCAGCAAUCAGUGGACGGGUUCAGGUUGUCAGGAACCAGCAAGAUUUGUAUGACCAGCUUUCCUGCGAUGGCUACUCGGAGGCCGAGUUGUCGAUGGUUGUGGCCAAUGACAGGCCUAGGAGAAGAAAACUGCACGACAGUGACAUGCCGAGGCUGGUGGACUUCUUGCAUGGAAUGUACCAAGAAUCGCAUGAGUCUGGUGGUCAGUCGUUCAGUUCGUUACCUGAAGUCGCAGAAUAUGUCGAACCAUUGUAUGAUUCUUUCUUCUGUCCGCUGACAAACAAGGUCAUGGUUGAUCCAGUGACAACGGAGAGUGGUGUGACUUAUGACAGGAGAGCCAUUGAGGGUUACUUCGAAAAGUUUACGGAUGGCACUGAACCUCUGAUAUGCCCUGUUACAAAGAUGGCAAUGCAGAGCAAGACUCUGAGGAGCAAUGUUCCACUGAAGAGCACAAUUGCAGAAUGGAUUACGAGGAACGAAGCAACACGGGUCAGGAUCGCACGUACUGCACUCUCUAUGGCAACCACGGAGGCAAUGGUGCUUGAGGCCAUACAUGAGCUGAAGGUGCUGGCCAGGCUGAGGAGAAAGAACAGGGAUCAGAUGCACAAGAUUGGCAUCACCAAGUUCCUAGCACGGCUUCUGGACCACAAGGAUGCGCUGAUACGGUGCGACUCCCUGGACCUCCUCUGCCUCUUGGUUGAGGAUAACGCAGGAAAGGAAAUCAUAGCGAAAACCAGAUCUGUUUCAAGGACUAUAAAGUUGCUUUCUAGCAGUAGUCCUGAUGAAAGGCAUGCAGCUAUCUCUUUCUUGGUGGAGCUUUCGAAAUCAGAGUUACUGUUGGAGAACAUUGGAUCUACUGCUGGAAGCAUACUAAUUCUCAUCACAAUGAAGUUCAACGGCUCUGAUGAUCCUGUUGCUGCCGAGAAGGCUGGAGAGGUCCUCAAGAACCUGGAGAAAUGCCCAAAGAAUAUCAAGUACAUGGCUGAAAGUGGCUACUUGGACCCUCUCCAAAGGCAUCUAGUUGAAGGGUCAGAAGAUGUGCAAAUGGAGAUGGUGAGCUACCUCGGCGAGCUGGUCCAGAAGCAGGAUAUGACCAUUAACAUUGCCGGGAGCGCGUCAGAGAUCCUCGUCAAGAUGGUGUGCAGCGGCAACAUGGCGAUCCGCAAGGCGGCGCUCGAUGUCCUCGUUCAGAUCUCCUCCCACCACCCCAACGGCAGGACGCUUGUGGAUGCGGGUGCUGUCCCAGUCAUGGUCGAGGAGCUCUUCAUCCGAAAGAUUGACGAGGAGCCCAUGGGCUCCAAGACGGAGGCCGCAGCCAUCCUCGCCAACAUCGUCGAGUCAGGCCUCGACCCCGAGGCCAUCGUCGUCAACAAGGAAGGCCACGUCAUCACGUCCAAGUACUCAGUGUACAACUUUGCGCACAUGCUCAAGAGCUCCAUGCCAAACAAUCUCAACCUAAGCAUCGUGCGCGUGCUGCUCGCGCUCACGGCGCUCCCCAAGCCGCUCGCUACGGUGGUCUCGGUCAUGAAGGAGCAGGACAGCAGCCAGACCGUUAUCGAGUUCAUGGGCUCGCUGACGGAGGCACUCGGCAUUGCCGCAACGAGGCUGCUCAUUGCGUUGUCCCCGCAGAUGGGGCACACCAUUGCCGAGAAGCUCUGCAAGGCGCCGGGGCAGCCGGGGAAGCUUAUCAAGAGCAUUGGCCAACCUGGGAGGAUCACCGAGCGGCACGCCGUGUCGACGAUACUCCUGGCGAGGCUGCCUUACCAGCACAUUGCUCUCAACCUUGCGUUGCUGAACCGGGGCGCCAUGGCGACCGUGCUGGCGAAGAUAGAGGAGAUGCAGCGCGGUGAUUUGCGGGCAAGUCGCCAUGCGAAGGCGUACAUGGAGGGCCUCGUUGGCGCGCUCGUCCGGCUAACGACAACACUGUAUGACCAGGACGUGCUCCUGGCGGCCAUGGAUCACAGCUUCACGUCGGUGCUCACCGAUCUCCUCGUGCGGUCGGCGGGCAGCGACGAGGUGCAGCGGCUUGCCGCGGUUGGCCUUGAGAACCUCAGCAGCCAGUCGCCCAACCUCUCACAGCAACCAACGGAGGAGCGACUCCCGAAGAGGAAGAACAUCCUCCAGCGCCUGCGCGAUGCGCACUCCAGUCGAGUGUACGACAACCGGAAGCCGCCGGCGCACAACCGGGUCUGCCCAGUACACCGCGGUGUGUGCUCCCCGGCCACAACGUUCUGCCUGGUGGAGGCCGGCGCGGUUGAGGCCCUCCUCGGCGUGCUCGAGAGCAACGAGAACGGGCGCGUGGUGGAGGCCGCGCUCGGGGCGCUGUGCACGCUCAUGGACGACGCGGUCGACGUGACGAGCGGCGUGGCCGUGCUCGCGGAGCACGACGCGGCGCGGCACGUGCUGCGGGCGCUGCGGCAGCACCGCGACGGCGGAGGAGGGGCGGUGGCGCGGAGGUGCUUCUGGGCGGUGGAGAGGUUCCUGGCGCACGGCGGUGAGAGGUGCGUCAGGGUGGUGAAGGGCGACCGGGCGCUGCCGAGCCUGCUGGUGAGCGCCUUCCACAAGGGCGACGCCGCCACCAAGCAGGUCGCGGAGAGCGUGCUCCGUUGCCUGCACCGCAUGCCGGACUACUCCGCCACCUACGAAUCCAUCGAGCUGUAGCCCAACACGUGAUGCAUGCGGCUGCGCAGCUUGUGCAUCUCUUUUUUCUGGGGCUUCUCUUCUUGCCUUUCUUGGUUGUGUGUAACAUGGAUUGGUGCAUGAUAUUGUUUGGUACUUUGGUGUAGCUAAAGGAAAAUAGAAAAGGAAAAACUGAAGAUGCAAUGCUAUGUAAGUAUAACGAAAGGUUAUUUUUUGAACGAAAUAUAACAAAAGGUUACAGCAGGGGAA